GGGGUAAGGAGGCUCAUGGCUAGUCUGAGGCCGCGAGUCCGUCGCUCGGACUGCUGCAGCACCUGUCCCACCUCAGACUCGCUGCGUGCGCUCUAGGCAAGGCAGCCACCUCUCCAGGCUUCACCUGUAAGCCGAAAGGGCAGAACUGAGAUCCCAGAAUCAAAGCGUGGCACCUGAGAAGCAAUCUGGUCCGACCCUCCCGAUACCUGUGUGGAGACACUGACACAAUGUCAAGUGGAGAUGAUCAGCAAUCACAGGCUCUUGCAAAACCUGCUUUCAGUGAGGUACAAGCUUCUUCAUUAGUGGAAUCGGUAUUUGGAUUAAAAGUUUCCGAGGUCCAGCCACUUCCCAGCUACGAUGACCAAAACUUUCAUGUGUACAUUUCAAGAACCCAAGACACUGCAGAUGGCCCAACUGAGUAUGUUCUCAAAAUAAGCAACACAGAGUCUAGCAAAAAUCCAGACCUGAUUGAAGUGCAGAGUCACAGCAUCAUGUUUCUGCAAGCAGCUGGAUUUCCGACAGCCUCCAUGUGUCAUACUAAAGGAGGCAACAUCACAUCUCUUAUGUCCAUAGACAAUGGCUCUGAAAUCAAAAGCUACUUGGUAAGGCUGAUGACUUAUCUCCCAGGAAGACCCAUAGCUGAGAUUUCCGUCAGUCCCCAGCUAUUAUAUGAAGCUGGAAGACUAGCUGCCAAAUUGGAUAAGACACUGGAGAAAUUCCAUCACCCAGAGUUAAGUAUUCUUCAUCGGGAAAACUUCAUCUGGAAUCUGAAAAAUGUUCCUCUUCUGGAGAAAUAUCUAUACACCUUGGACCAGAAUCAAAAUCCUGAGAUUAUCAAACAGGUCAUUCAGCUGUUCAAGGAUGAAGUGAUGACCAAACUAAAUCAUUUUCGAGAAUGUAUCAAUCAUGGAGAUCUUAAUGACCAUAACAUUUUAGUAGAGCCCAGCAGCAAUUCAGCCUCUGGAGAUACUGUAUAUCAAGUGUCUGGGAUUUUAGACUUUGAUGACAUGAGCUAUGGCUACUAUGUGUUUGAAGUGGCAAUUAUGAUCAUGUACAUGAUGAUUGAAAGCAAGACUCCCAUACAAGUGGGAGGUCAUGUCCUUGCAGGGUUUGAAAGUAUAAUCCCACUGACAGCUUUGGAGAGGGGUGCUUUGUUCCUACUUGUGUGCAGUCGUUUUUGUCAGUCACUUGUCAUGGCUGCAUACUCUUGCCAGCUACACCCGGAGAACAAAGAAUACCUCAUGAUUACUGCAAAAACUGGAUGGAAGCACUUACAGCAAAUGUUUGACAUGGGCCAGAAAGCUGUAGAAGAAAUCUGGUUUGAAACAGCCAAGUCCUAUGAAUCUGGGAUCUCCUUGUGACUAGUUCACAUUAACUUCAAUAAUAAAAAAACCCAACAGGAUCAAAUCUAAUUUUACGAAGGAUUUUCCUACACAGUUAAAAAUGAAUUGAUGGAACUGAUCAAUUCUGAACCUGACUAUAAGAAUGGCAUAGUGGGGGUGUCUGACCUCGUCUAACUUCACAAGGAGGGAGGAGAAUCAUUAUCAGCAUCAACAACCCAAGGCUGAUUCCUAGGAGGUCAACCAUAUCUCGACCCUCC